AUGUCCGGGACGACGCCGCCUCAGCGACCAAGUCUUCCAUGGAGACUUGGCUCUAUGGCUGUUAUGGGAUCCGUUGGAAUGCUAUCGCGCGGGUUUCUCUAUGGCCUGAAUAGCGUUGAAGUUGAUGGGCUGGAUAAUCUCCUUGGAGUUCUCGACAGGCGAAAGGCGCAUCAACGGAACUGUGGGUUGCUGACGGUUUGUAACCACGCUGCCGUUAUCGACGAUCCUCUGAUCUGGGGUAUCCUUCCCAUGCGUUAUGCGUUUGAUCCCGAGAACCUUCGCUGGGGUCUGGGCGCCCAUGACAUUUGCUUCAAGAACAAGGUUCUCUCGACAUUCUUCAGCCUAGGACAGGUUCUUCCCACCCAUCGUUCAUGGCAUUCAUCGCAUGGGGGCCUGUUUCAGCCAACCAUGACUGAGGCCUUGAAGCUACUUUCUUCCCCUUCAUCAGUUAUCAACCAGAAAAACCCUCUUACCUUCUCUACGGACAGUAGGGAUUCCUUCGUGUCUCCAGCGCAGUUUGUAGCCAAUCACCACGCUUGGGUCCAUGUCUUUCCUGAAGCAUGCUGCCAUCAGAAUCAAGAAGGGACCUUGAGAUAUUUCAAAUGGGGGGUGUCUCGACUUAUUCUUGAGAGCGAACCAGCCCCUGAGUUCAUCCCCAUGUAUGUGCAUGGCACGCAAAAUAUCAUGUCCGAGGAGAGGGGUUUCCCUCGAUGGGCGCCACGCAUUGGACAACGGUUUCGUAUGAUCAUCGGAGAGCCAACUAACGUCGGCCGCUUAUUUGAGCGCGAGCGUUCUCAGUGGAAAAGUCUCGUCGAGAAGGCCGGGGAUCCAGACCUGCUCAUGGAUCAGCCCGAAGCUGUUCAGUUGAGGAUUGACGUGGCAAAGAGAGUUCGAGAUGAGAUCGGGAAACUGCGAGAGAGAAUGGGACUCGCGCCAGACGAUGAUGAAGCAGCUGCAUUAGCGGAAACUUGGCUAAAAGAGCCCAAUAAACGCAAGUUUAGGAGCCCAGUAGACGGCAGUCUUGUAAAUAGACAUUAA